AGGGCAAGGGAAAUAAUUACUUUAGCUUGCGUAAAUUAGGAUUUUGAUUAUGGAAAGUUAAAAAUUGAGAAUGGAUAACGAUGUAGCAAGCUAUUCGGUGAUAGGCCGCAUUGGUGAGGGUGCCCAUGGAUUAGUGUUCAAAGCAAAACACGUUCCUACUGGACGCGAAGUGGCUUUGAAAAAGAUUCUUAUAAAAAAUCUAGAGGAUGGUAUACCAGUUAACGUAAUGAGAGAAAUUAAAGCUCUGCAGUUGCUUCGGUGUAAAUAUAUAAUAAAACUGUACGACAUGUUUCCCCGUGGCAUGAGCCUGGUGCUGGUGUUAGAGUACAUGUGCUCGGGGCUAUGGGACAUGCUGCAUCAUACACAGCAGGAACUCACUCUGCCCAGGGUCAAGACGUAUGCGCAGAUGCUAUUGAAGGGCACCCGGUACAUGCAUGCGCACUAUGUGAUGCAUAGAGAUUUGAAACCCGCGAAUCUGCUAAUAAAUCAUGAAGGGAUAUUGAAGAUCGCUGACUUGGGUCUAGCCAGGCUUUAUUGGCCGGAUGGCGGCAGGCCUUAUUCGCAUCAAGUGGCUACACGGUGGUACAGAGCUCCUGAACUGCUGUAUGGCGCUCGAUACUAUACCGAGAAGGUGGACCUGUGGGCGGUCGGUUGUAUAUUGGCGGAACUGAUUACGAAACAGCCGCUUUUUGCCGGUGAAUCAGACAUCGAGCAGUUGGCAAUAGUUCUGCAACACCUGGGCACGCCAAACGAAGAGACUUGGCCGGGACACUCUGACCUCCCCGACUUCCACAAGAUCACCUUCCCCGAGUCUACGCCCACGCCCUGGCCGGAGCUGCUGCCAGGAGUCGAACCUGACGCCGUGAAUCUCGUCAGAUCCUUCAUCAUGUAUGACGCGAAUAGAAGAAUUUCUGCUAAAGAAGCUUUGAGACAUCAAUGGUUCCACAGUCGACCUCCGCCCGCGUCUUUAGAAGACAUGCCUAAACCAAUGAUGAAUAAACUAAAAUGAUUCAAUGAACUGUAUUAAAUUAAAAA